AUGCUCGCCGCAGCACUGACAUCUGUACAGGAAUGGCUGCCCUUUCUCAAAAGUUGGCUCUUUGUGGAGUUUGCAAUUAUAUUCCUGCUUGCGUCUGGAUGUUUACUUUAUCUCCGUUAUGGCUUCCUUCGUCAUGUUCCUGGUCCCUGGAUAUCCAAGGUUUCGGGUCUUCAUCUAGGUUGGUACGACCUCUGGUAUCGCCGAAACGACCAGAUUCUUCAAUGGCACCGGCAGUAUGGCCCUAUUGCCUGCAUCGCCCCAAACGAGGUUUCGGUGGCUACACUGGAGAGCACAAAAGACGCCUACGGCACAACCCUUCGAUGGCCCAAGAGCAACUACUUUGACCACUUUACGGGAUACGGCAUGCGGUCCGUCUUUGCGACCAAGCCUUACGAAGAGCACCGGGCAAAACGUAGGCUAAUAUCAGCCUUUUAUCAACCUUCGACUAUAUACAAGUUACCACAGAUCGAAGAGCAUGUGCAAGAGCGUUCCCAGGCAGUCCUGCGACAAAUCCAACAUGGCCAGGAGGUUGACGUCUACAGCCUGACAGACUGGUACGCGCUUGAUAUCAUUACUCACCUAGUCCUCGGACCUGCCUUCGGUUCUCGUUCCAUCGAAUCUGCUUGCCCGGAGCGCGACAUUCUCGCCGGUCUGAAGCACCAACAGUUUGUCGGUCCGUUCCGCACCCUGUAUCCGUACGCCUAUCACUAUCUCUCUUGCAUUCUAGGAAGGCUGAGUCCACGCCUAAGUUAUCUAUGGGCAGACAAGGAGUUUGAAUCCUGGUGCAAGCAACGUACUUCGGCGGCAAUAGAGGGGCCCUGCAUAUUUGAGUCUCAAUCUCUUCUCCGACACCUCCUGGAGAUACGCGGGAAUGACGGGAAAAAGCUGCCGCUCGAUCGGCAAUACAUCGCAGCUGAAAUCCUCGAUAACAUCAAUGCUGCUGAAGCCACGGUUUCUGUGACGGCAACUUAUCUCAUAUGGAGAUUAACAGAGGCCCCAGAGUGGCAGCGGAAUAUACGCAAGGAAUUGACUGCCUUGCCCGUGCAACCCGACGGCUCAUUGUCCUUUGCCGACCUCGAUAGCCGAGUUCCGUCGCUUGAAGCUUGUCUACGCGAGGUCUACCGUCUUCAUCCGGCGUCCAGUGGACGAGCCGAGCGCAUCGUUCCUCAAGGCGGACAUGUCUUGUGCGGAGUCUAUCUUCCACAAGGCACCAUAGUUUCAACAUCUACCGUGGCUCUUCACCGGGACGAGAGUGUCUUCUCUGAUCCUGAUCAAUUUAUUCCGGGAAGAUGGCUCGACGCGGACCCAUUGACACUGAAGACUCGUGAGGCUCACCUCAUUCCGUUUGGGUAUGGUGCUAGGAUUUGUUUAGGCAAGGCUCUGGCAACAAUGGAGAUCAAAAUGCUCAUUGCAAAGUUGUAUCUAAGGUACGAGACCGUCAUGGAAAGUUCUACGACUCCGGAGUCGAUGAAGCAGUGUAGCACCCAUGACGCGGUGCCAAAGGCCCUGAAAUGUGUGGUCCGAUUUCAAGAAGUUGUUGAGGAGAUUUAG